AUGCGAAACAACUUUUACAUGGCCGAGACUACCGGAAGAAAUUCAAAUUCACAAGAGACUUAUGCAAUUCUAGCUCCAACUAUGAUUCCGUUGCUAGAUUUUGGAAGCGAUGGUAUUAAUUAUAAUCCAAAAUUCGUAACUUCUGAAAUAUUUUCGAGUGAUGAUGCUGCUUUUGAGUGGGCUAGAAACAUUGCUAUUAGCAAUGAUUUUAAGCUUGUGAAGUCCUCAUGGAAACGAGGAGAAUUGUACUUGAGAUGUAACCGCGGUGAAAGAAAUAGAGGCAAAGGAAGAAAUUUGGAAACUGCGGAACGACCAAACACGAAAACUCAAGCAUGUGGUUGCAAGUUUUUGAUUAAGGUGGCACCAUGCAAAGAUGGUGAAGGUUGGAAUAUUGUUUUGGGUCCUGAACAACAUGGUAUUCACAACCAUGAAUUAAUUACAUAUCGAGAGGGCAACCGGCAGAUGAGCGGCCUUAGUCUAGGCGCAAAGCAACUUGUUCGUGAUAUGUCUUCCGCUCAAGCAAGGCCAAAUGUCAUAUUGGCGGCUGUCCAAGAACAAUUCCCUGAGGAGAACACCAAUAGAAGACACAUCUACAAUUUUAGAGAUCGGAUGAGGAGGAAUGAUGCAGAAGGAAGAGAUAGUAUAAGUCAAUUUCUUCAUCUUGCUAAAGAGAGUGAUUACUUGCACUACAUUAGGGAGGAGGCUCAUGUCGUGACACACGCAUUCAUGGCACACCCUACAUCGGUGAAAUUGUUACGCACAUAUCCAUGGGUCAUUGGCAUGGAUUCUACGUACAAGACGAAUAUAUACAAGAUGCCAUUCCUUGAAAUUUGUGGGGUUACACCGUGUAACAAGAAUUUUCUCAUUGCAUAUGCAUUCAAGAAGGACGAGACUGCUGAAAGCUACGGGUGGGUGUUAGAUAAACUAAGGUUGUUGCUUGGUAAUGAGGUACAUCCAACAGCAAUUGUGACAGAUCGUGAGUAA